AUGGAGUUACUGAAAGACUACGACUUUGAGCUGAGUUACAAUCCAGGGAAAGCGAAUAUUGUGGCAGAUGCCUUAAGUCAGAAAUUCUUGUGUGCUACGUGGAUAAUGCUUCGAGAAGAAGAGAAACUUAAAGCAUUUGAGAGGUUGAAGAUAGGUGUUCAAGAAGUAUCUGGUACUCUAUAUUUGAGUCAGCUUCAAAUUUCAAGUGAUUUUAAAUCUGAGAUUGAAAAAGCUCAGCAGGAUGAUAAGGAAUUGCAGAAGAAAGUGAAGAUUGAAUACCAGAGACCUUCCAGGACUUUGCAACCAUUGGAGAUUCCGCAAUGGAAAUGGGAGAGUAUUGCGAUGGACUUUGUAUCUGGAUUGCCGAGAACAAGGGCCGAUUUUGACGCUGUCUGGGUGAUCGUGGACCGACUGACGAAAUCAGCUCAGUUUUUACCCAUUCGGAUGAACUAUACCCUUGAGGAGCUAGCACGUUUGUACAUAAAAGAGAUUGUGAGACUUCAUGUUGUGCCUUCCACUAUAAUUUCUGACAAAGAUCCCCGUUUCACUUCAAGGUUCUGGGGUACAUUUCAGAGAGCUUUUGGAACCUGGUUAAGCUUGAGUAUAGCUUACCAUCCUCAAAUAGAUGGUCAAUCUGAGAGGAUAAUCCAAACCUUAGAAGAUAUGUUGAGAGCUUGUGUUCUGGACCAGCUGGCGAGGUGGGAUCAGAUGCUCACUGCUCAGAGUUGUCAGAAGAGUUACGCCGAUCAGAGGCGGAAGCCAUUGAAGUUUGAGGAAGGAGACUAUGUUUUUCUUAAGUUUACUUCAACAACCAGAGUAGAUAGAGCAAUUAAAAUGAAGAAACUGAAUCCUCGAUACAUUGGUCCGUUUCAGAUUCUUGAGAGGGUUGGACCGGUGGCAUAUGGGAUAGCUCUACCACCUCACCUUUCGAACCUGCACAACGUAUUUCAUCUGCCGCAGCUUUGA